AUGGACAACGCGGUCGACGUUUUAGAAGCUCUUCUUAUUGGCUUUCUGGUCGCUAGGUUCCUCCUCAAUUCCACUCAUGUGCUGACAGCCGUGGAGUUAUUCAGGGAAUGUUUGAUCCUUCUCAACCACAAAGCUCUCAAAAAUGAAACUGGAUUGGCUAAAGCUGAAAUCAAAGAGCGGAUACAUUACGGACUGUUUCAAGGGUACUUUCUGAUAAAUGAUUACUCGCGUGCGAUAGAAUAUGGAAGAGAAGUUCUGGUCUCGGCCCGAAGGCGUGGUAACAGAGAUGUAGAAGGAAGUGUUACCUUUACACUGGCCAAAUUGCAUCAUUACAAAGGCAUAUACCAAGAAGCAAAAGAGCUUUACUCCAAAGCGCUCAGCUUUAUGGUAGAUACUGGUGAAAAGGCGUUGGAACUUAGUUGUUACGGAAAUAUGGGGACUUUGCAUUGGUCAAUGGGGAAGUAUUCCGAGGCGAAAGAGCAUUUGGGAAAAGCACUUGCCAUAGCUAUAGAAAUCGGCGACCGGAGCGAAGAAUCUUGGCUUUACUUAUUGCUCGGAAAAUUGGUUCACUUACUUGGUGAAUACGCAAUUGCUGAAAAAUACCAGGAAAAAGCACUGGCAAUUGCAAAAGAAAUAGGUGACAGGAAGAAUGAAGGCUUGUGCUAUAUCAAUCUGGGAACUGUGUUUCAGUCUCUUGGUAAAUAUACAACAGCUAAAGAACACCUUCUAAACGCAAUUGAGAUUGCAAAAGAACUCGGUGAUAGGGAAAAUGAGGCCUCUUGCCUCGCGAACUUAGGAACUUUGUUUCAUUCUGUUGGUGAUUAUUCCAAAGCUAAAGAACAUCUUAAAACAGCAAUCGCGAUUACAGUGGAAAUCGGUGACAAGAAAAAUGGGGCCUUGUAUCACGGAAAACUUGGACGGGUGUUUGUCUCCACCUUUGAAUAUGCCAAGGCAAAGGAAUGUCACGAAACGGCACUUGCAAUCACAAAAGAAUUGGGCAAUAAGGAAAGUGAGCCGGUGGACUACACCAACCUGGGAAUGGUUUUGGAGGCCAUGGGGGAAUUUGUAAAGGCUAAAGAAUAUUACGAGAAAGCACUUGCUAUCACAAAAGAGACUGGCGAUAGAAGAAAUGAAUCCUCGUGUAACGUCAACUUAGGAAAUUUUUGUCGUUCUGUUUGUCAAUAUGCCAAGGCUAAAAUAUAUUAUGAAAAAGCACUUGAGAUCGCAAAGGAGAUUGGCCACAGGGAGAAUGAAAUCUGGUGUUACAGAAAUCUUGGAACUGUAUUGCAGCCUGUCGGCGAGUUUGCCAAGGCUAUUGAAUAUCACGAGCAAGCACUUGCGAUCGCGAAAGAAACUGGCGACACGAACAAAGAAGCCAUGCUGUAUGCAGAGCUAGGAAAAGUGUUCGAGUCUUGGGGUGAUUAUGUUAGAGCCAGAGAUUAUCACGAAAAAGCACUUGCAAUUAGUAAAGACAUAGGUGACAAAGAAAGCGAGGCCUUAUGUCAGUUCGGCCUAGGAACUGUGUAUUAUUCUUUCGGUAAAUUUGCUAAAAGUAAAGAAUGUCUUGAAAAAGCGAUUGCAAUCGCUAGAGCAAUUGGAGACAAGAGGAGAAAAGCCCAAUGUUAUGGGGUUUUAGGAGCUCUGUUGGAGUCUCUCGGUGAAUAUUCCCAAUCUAAAACAUAUCUUGAAGAAUCAUUAAAAGUCACAGAAACGAUAGGUGACAGGGAACUCAAAGGUGCAUGUUAUCAAAAUCUCGGUACUUUAUUCCACUCCAUGGGAAAAUGUGUCAAGGCGAAAGAUUAUCACGAAAACGCUCUUGCAAUAACUAAAGAAAUUGGCAACAGGAAAGAAGAAGCCUCGUGUUUGCGAUGCCUAGGAGUGGUGUUUUACACUCUCGGUGAACAUGCCAAGGCUGAAGAAUAUCAUGAAAAAUCACUUGUAAUCACCAAAGAAAUAUGUGACAAACGGGGAGAAGCAGAAAGUUACGGAAACCUUGGAAUUGUGUGUCAUUCUCUCGGAGAGUACGCUAGGGCAAAAGAAUAUCAUGAAAAAGCACUGGAAAUAAGUAAAAACAUUGGCGACAUUAAAAACGAGUUUGCUACCCAACAAAACCUUGCAACGCUCAUGCUGUUAGAAGGAAAGGUACUUGAAGCUGAAUCCUACCUACUGGCCAGCAUAGAUGCUUUUCAGAAAAUGGGAAUGUUCUUGACGGAUAAUGACCACUUAAAGAUAUCGUUACUUGAGAAGCACGUUAUUAUUUACCAGAUACUAAGCUAUCUGUUUUGUAGAACUAAAAAUCCUGAGCAAGCCCUUUGUGUGACGGAGCUUGGACGAGCCAGAGCCCUGGCAGACUUGAUGUCCUCACAGUACUCAGUCCAAAAACAAAUUUCAGACAAUCCAGAGACUUGGGUGGGCAUUGGUGCCAUCAUGAAGAAUGAAAGAAAUUGCACCUGUCUAUACAUUUCCUAUUUUAAGAAUGAAAUCCAUUUUUGGAUCCUCAAAGCUGACACACCCACACACUUCCAAUACGUAGAUGUAAAUGAUUUCUUCAUGGGAGAAGCAAAAAGAGAGGUGGAUGAAGUUCUGGGAAGCAAAAUCUUCCGGCGGGUGCAUACAUUACCUCCAGAUCAGUGCGAAGAUCGAUGCUGGGUUCCUUCAAAAGAUAACCGUACAAAAGGUACUAAACCAACCCAAGAAAAAGGCUGUGGUAGUUGGCGCCUUAUAGAGGAGGAUGAAGACGUAAGCCAAGUACUUGAACUUACUCUUGCCGAUUGUUACAAAAUAAUCGUAGCUCCUGUGGCAGAGUUGCUUAAAGAGUCUGAAAUCAUCAUUGUUCCUGAUCGCUUAUUGUUCAAAGUUCCAUUUGCAGCAUUAGAGGACGAAAGGGGAAAGUUUUUAUCGGAGUCUUGCAGAAUCCGCAUUGUUCCGUCUUUGACGACUCUCAAGCUGAUUCAUGACAGCCCAUCACACUAUCACAGUCAGACUGGUGCACUCAUAGUGGGGGACCCUCAAGUUGGUGAGGUGCUUUACAACGGGUGUCUUACACUCAAACCACCCUUGCAUUUUGCAAGAGAGGAAGCAGAGAUGAUAGGCCAACUGAUCGGCGUUUAUCCUUUGCUAGGAAAGCAAGCGACCAAGCAGGCUGUUCUUGAAAGCAUUAACUCCGUCAGCCUCAUACAUUUUGCUGCUCAUGGAAAUGCUGAAAGAGGAGAAAUUGUUCUUGCCCCUGCACGUACCACUAAAACGACGCCAGAAGAAAAAGACUAUUUAUUGACAAUGGCUGACAUCUCACAAGUUCGAUUAAGAGCCAAACUGGUGGUGCUUAGCUGCUGUCACAGUGCAAAUGGGGAAAUUCGAGCGGAGGGAGUGGUUGGAAUUGCACGAGCCUUUUUAGGAUCCGGUGCACGCUCAGUGUUGGUGGCAUUGUGGGCCAUAGAGGACGAAGCAACGAAGCAGUUUAUGAGUCGUUUUUACGAGCACCUUGUUCGUGGUGAAAGUGCCAGUGAAUCUCUUCACCAGGCCAUGAAGUGGAUGAGAGAAAACGGCUUCUCUGAGGUGGAGCAGUGGGCGCCAUUUAUGUUGAUUGGAGAUAACGUCUCGUUUGAAUUUGGAAAUAAAAGGCAAAAAAUUGCUUGUGCAGGGGAAAAGUCGUAA